CACUACAGAUCACAACACAAGCGUUUUGUGGUGACGACGUUUUUGCCUUUUGACUUUCGACCGGCGAACGUUUUCGAGUUGUUAAAAAGGUUAAGAUUUUUGCUGAAUAGAAUAUUUUCUUUCUCGUUUAUGGACUGAGACUGCUGCAUGCGAACGCCGGCGCCUGGGAGAGGCAACGUUUUAUAAAAAAUGGAGUGAUCGUCUCUUGCCAUCUUUAUCUAGGAAAAAUUAUUUUAGUCGGAUUUGAGGGAAAAUGAGCACUGCCCUGUUCAUAAACGUCCUGAUGAGCGUGUGCGCCUACGUGGCCACCGUCCGACUCAUCCCGACCCUCAAGGACAUGUUCCUCAAGGCCAAUCUUUUUGGCAUCGAUAUGAACAAGAAGGAAAAACACAAAGUCCCUGAAGCUCUGGGGGUAGCUACAGGAUGUUCCUUCCUAGUUGCUCUUUUCCUCUUCAUACCUGUGCCUUUCUGGGGCUACAUUUUGGACGACGAAAAAUUUCCACACGAUCAGUUUGUAGAAUUUGUAGCAGCCCUCUUGUCCAUCUGCUGCAUGCUGUUGCUAGGAUUUGCAGACGACGUCCUUGACCUUCGGUGGAGACACAAAUUGCUGCUGCCCACAAUUGCCUCUCUUCCCCUAUUGAUGGUUUACUACGUUAAUUACAACUCGACAACCGUUGUCGUCCCUCUUCCCCUAAGGCACUGGCUUGGUUAUGCAGUUAAUGUUGGUUUCCUAUACUAUAUUUACAUGGGUAUGCUUGCUGUUUUCUGCACUAAUGCCAUCAACAUCCUGGCUGGCAUCAAUGGCCUUGAGGUUGGUCAGUCCGUAGUGAUUGCUGCAUCCAUUGCUAUCUUCAACUUGCUAGAGCUGCGUGGUCCGCUGCGGGACAAUCACGAAUUUUCCCUUUUCUUCAUCCUGCCCUACUUAGCCACGUCACUAGCUUUGCUAAAGUUCAAUUGGUACCCGAGCCAGGUAUUUGUGGGUGAUACUUUUUGCUACUUUUCCGGAAUGACUUUUGCAGUCGUGGGGAUUCUCAGCCACUUCAGCAAAACCAUGCUGUUGUUUUUCAUUCCACAAGUUUUUAACUUCAUCUACUCUGUGCCUCAGCUCUUCCGUCUUGUGCCCUGCCCAAGGCACAGAAUGCCUAGACUUAAUACAUCAACGGGAUUACUUGAAAUGAGUAAAGCCACAGCAAAAAAAGGAGAAAUCCAUCCUCUCGGGCGACUGUGCCUCCGGCUGUUUAGUCUCUUCCGACUUGCCUAUGUCAAGGAGGGUGAUGAAGGAGACGUCGAGGUCAACAACCUGACCCUGAUCAAUCUGCUGUUAUACUGGCGUGGUCCAACUCACGAAGAGGCGCUUACCAAGAUUCUAAUGAUGGUGCAAGUAGUUGGAACACUGGUUGCCUUUGCCAUAAGGUACCCUUUAGCAGCCCUCUUUUACGACCUUUGACUUCCUAGCCCUGUGUUACCAAAGACGGCCACAAUUUAAGUUGGCUUAGAGAUUUAUAUGACUUAAUUGUUUGCUACUUUUAUUGUUUAUGUGAUAACUAAAGGUUUGGAUUUAUAAAUGAGUGUUUCCAGUCCAGUGUUGAUAUUAAAUCAGAUAAUGCUAGAUUUUUAAAUGCAAAAUUUUCUAAUUUAAUUAUGAACAUAUCAUAACAAUUUUAUGUAGACUAUUACAUAUGUAAAUUUAUAUUGUCAUAAUUGCUUUCCAAAUAUUGCUGUGACGUUAUUUCUUCAAGUUGUCAAUUGCUUGAAGGAGAGCUUUAGAAAAUUCCUCGUCAGACAAUUUCCAUGUGUUCUCAAGGAUGGUCCAACCAGACCCAGACUGUGCAGUCUGCAAAACGUAUGUGUUGGAUGGGUCCUGAGAGUGCGAGUACAGACCAAGCACCAAGCUUUGGCAGAGUCGAGCACAAAUACAAAC